AUGUUUCGCCGUCUCCCCCAUACUCUCCCCGCCGACCCCGUCUUCGAGCCGGACCUCGCCAAGUUAGGCUUCUUCAUUAAUAGUGAAGAUGUAGUCCGCUCGAUUCGGAGCCCGGACCGCAAGUAUCAGUACAAGAUCAACAGGAAUGACCGGUGGAAUGAGGUUCACAAAUCUGCGAUUCAUCAAAUCAUCAAAGACCGGCUCUCUGAUCUCGGCUGCGAAACUGUUCGACUGCCACUCGGCGCAAGCGAGGCGGAGAACCACGUCCCCAUCCUCGUGUCCAAGGACAUCGACACCAAAGCCCGAGUGACCGUCUUGUUUGGCGAGAGGAACAUAGAACCGGGGAUUUUGAGCUGGCGUAUGAUCGGCGAGGCUGGAAUCAAUCGUGGUUCGCUGGUCGAGUUCGCAAAAGCUCUCUUCGCGCCUCGACCUCCCAUCGCCACGUCUGCGUCUACGUCCGGACUUAUCGUCGCCAAUCCAUGUCAGUUGCUCUGGUAUCGCGGUGGCGGACGCGCAGUGUCGGUGCACGAAUGGAACUGUUUGCCGAGGCCGAGUGCUGUGCACGACGCCCCACGAGUGGACGCUGUUAAGAAUAGAAUUCCUGGCAACCGGGACUACGUGGAACACGUGUCUUACAUGUUUGAGAAGGUGAUUCCAAGCUUGGUCGCAAAGGAAGCAAAAGUGGAUGUUAUUGGGCUGGAGUACACUGGGUCAGCGGCGCUGGAAUACCUUGCUGAGCAUUGGGACUCGUGGUCCAGUCGCAUCAACGGCAUCUCUCUGGUCACACCUCAACACAAGAUAGCAGAUAUCAUCGCCAACGGCGCUCCCGGCGACUUUGUCACCUUCAUAAGCAAACGAUGUCGAGCUUACUUCGUCUCACCGUCACCCAUUGAGACACCGAUCGCUGGUCGUGAGGAGGUCGGAUGCAAUUGCUACGCGAGUGGAGAGCACCUGUAUCAGGAGAAUGCGAUGAUGAGGUGCUGGAGGCACAUGUUAGACUGGUUCGACAUGUUGUAUGUCAAUCCAGAGUACGAGGAAGCUGAGUUUGAGGUGAUGGGCCAAGAUGAAGAGGUGAAGCUUGGUUGGUAG